GGGACUCCUGAGGGAUCAGCCAACUGUUUCUCCAAGGAGAAGAGGCAAGGAGCGGCUCAGUUGCCUGUUCUGAGACUCUGCUUCAAGGGGAGCAAGAGCCCUUCACCUGAAAUCCUCCCACGAUGCUGUGGCUGCUGCUGCUGCAGGUCUGGGCGAGCUGCCUUUGGCUGGGACAGGGCGAGGUGGUGAAGUCCUUUGCAAAUACAUGUAAUCAGUUUUUCUACCAGAACAUGCCCCCAGCAAAAGGCCUGGAGCCACAGAACCCAGCCUGGAUCUGCCAGACCUUCAAGGACCGUCCUUUCUAUGCCACCUUGUAUGACAAAAAGGGGCGUAUUCCCGUGUACUCUGCUUACAUCUACCAGCCUGGACCUGGCACGAGGCGUGACGAGUGGAUGGUUGAGCCCCAGCUGAUACGGAACAAUUUGCCCAAAGACAUGGAAACAGAGAAGACCCUCAGAGAAAAAUACUCAGUCAGCGAAAAGGAUAUCAGGGAGAGCCAGGCUGUCUACCAAGACUACCUUAAACUUAAGGGUUUGAACCGUGGCCAUUUGAACCCCGCUUCCCAUCACAAAACCCAGGAUGGUAGAAACGCGACCUUCACCCUCACCAACAUAGUGCCCCAGAAUACUGCACUCAACAAGGGCAAAUGGAAUGCCUAUGAGCAGAAAACAAUGCCCAAGAAAAGCAAGGACUGUAAAACCACCUAUGCCAUUGUGGGUGCUGUGCCUGGGAACUCCUACAUCGCUAAUGGGAGGGUUAAUGUACCCAGCCACAUCUGGGCCAGCGCCUGCUGCAAGACCAAAAAGAACACCGUGAUUGCUUGGGGGGCCAUUGCUGAGAACAACCAGAACAACAUCCGGAUCCUCACGCUGGGGGCACUGGAGAAAAAGUUGGCUGAGCUGUAUAAGAGGGGACCAGUUUCUCUGUUCCACAAGGACUGUCCCCGUAAAUAA